AAGCAAAGAACCCCUCACAUUUCGGCAGAGUCUAUCCCGUGAAAGGUGACGUGAGUAUGCCGGAUUUAGGUCUUUCGCGAGAAUAUAGAAAUCUGUUGUUAGAGAAAGUAAACAUAGUGUUUCACGCCGCGGCCACUGUGAGAUUAAACGAGCCGUUGCACGUGACUGUUAAUGUGAAUACGAAAGGUACUGCUCGUAUCAUAGAACUUUGGAACGAACUAAGGCAUCCAAUUAGCUUCGUGCACGUGAGCACAGCAUAUAGUAAUGCGAAUCUACAUGAGAUCGAGGAAAAAGUUUAUACUACGAGCUUGAAACCUUCAGAGGUGAUCGGUAUAUGUGGCAAAUUUGAUAAAACGUCUAUCAACCGAAUAGAAAAGAGGAUUUUAAAAUCUUAUCCAAACACAUACAUAUUUAGUAAGAAUUUGGCAGAGGAGAUUGUAGCAAGGAAGUGCGAAGAUCUGCCAGUUGCGAUAGUGCGACCAAGUAUACUUGGUGUCUCUUUAAAAGAACCAUGUCCUGGUUGGAUACAGAAUAUUUUUGCAUUAACAAGUAUUCUUCUGCUAGUCAGUAGAGGAUGUGCAACAGUAAUACUGGGUAGGAAAGAUGCAAAAUUGGAUGUAGUGCCCCUCGAUUUCGUAGUCGAUACGAUAAUAUGUACUGCAUGGCAUGUCACGCUACAUCCUGAGCACGAAGUUAAAGUUUACAACUGCACGAGUAACGCCAACCCUGUUAGGUGGGGUCACUUGCAACAGCUGGUGUUGAAGUAUAGCAAGGAAACGCCACUGAACGAUACGCUAUGGUAUCCGGGUUGUCCAAUGAUAGCUAAUAAGUAUAUUUUCAACGUUCUGAGUGUAGCUCCCUAUGUUCUGCCUGCGUUCGUCAUAGAUACAUUUUUAAGACUCCGGGGUAGUAAACCAAUAUUGAUGAAACUUCUAAAAAAUGGCAAUAAGCUGUUCACAUUGCUACAAUAUUUCAUCUUGCACGAAUGGACUUUCCAAAGGGAUAACUGUUCAAACUUGGCGAGGAAGGUAAAAAUGUUGAACGACAGCGAUAUGGUCAAACUAGAUUUAGAGGAUAUGGAUUGGGAUAAGUAUGUCGCAAUUUACCUGAUGGGAAUUAGGAAAUUUAUUCUGAAACAAGACUUUAAGUCAACAGGCCGACAACGGUUAUCAAGGUUGUACUGGAUACAUCAUAUCACCAAAAUAUCCGGUAUAAUAAUUUUAUUAUGGAUAAUAUUAGGUUUGUAUACUGACUAUUUCAACGUUACAUUUUUAUCUUUCAACCAAAGAUAACAUAAAUACAAUUUUAUGAAGAAGGGAUUCAUCAUCCCUUUCAUUUUGUCUCACCAGCCGUUUCAUUUCUAAAUAAAGUCAUUUAUGACAUUGCUUAAUAAGGAUGUAUGAAUUUAUAUCCAC